UCCGCUGCUGCCGUCGCCGCCGCGGCUCCAGUUCCCGACGAAGCAGACGCGAAAGCGGAUGCGCAAGGGGAAGCAUAAGGGCAAGUGGAAGAAGAUUCUGCAAACAUGUCCCAAUACAUGUACACCAGCAUCGCCCCCUUACCUCCCGUCUUUUCUCGCAUCGAAGCCUCCAGAUCCAAGACGGCCGCGACCUCUUCUUCCUCCUCCUCCUCCUCCCCCUCCACCAUCACCACCGCCGCCGCCUCCGCCUCCACCUCCAGCAGCAACAAUAACAACAACAUCAUCACCAGCAACAAUAAUAACAACAACGUCAACAACAUCAACAACAACAACAACAACAGCGGCAAUAGACCCACGACCGCCUCGCCGACGUCACCCACGUCGCCAACGUCCGUCGCGACACCGCCCACCCCGUCGUCGUCGUCCUUCUUCUCCUCCCUGAGGGCGAACCCGUCAUCGGAUCAUCAUUCACGCAUCCCGUCGAAGCAGAGGUCGAGCCAGCAGCUACACCAGCACCACUUCAGCCAACAUCACCCAUCGGCUCGUCUGCAGCAGCACAUCCGCACCUCUUCGUCUUCCUCGGCCUCUCGCUCGUCCCACGAGACCUCGACCACUCCCACCUCGACCACCCUCUCGAUCCCCCAGGCGGCCUCCCCCACCGACCUACGCACCCCCGCGUCGCCCACGUCGCCAAAGAGGCUCACACACAAGCAUCACCACUCGCUUCAAGAGGCGCGCGUCGUCGCCGCCGCCGCCACCGCCGAUCAUCGUUCUUUUCCCGUCCCUCCUCGCAUUCGAGCGCCUCCGCGCCUCCGCAAGGAGAGCAGCAGCUUGACCUCGUACGCGAGGCACGCGCUCCAGUCCCCUCCGACGCCCCGCAUCGGUCUCACUCCCAAUGAGCUGAAACAUGUCGCCAUGCUCGUCGACACGGAUACCUCGGGCCGUCAUCUCACCGCCGCCAAGGCUGCUGCCUCCGCUGGCAUCCCCUUCUCCCGGACCGAAAGCCUAUCGUCGGCCGCUGCCUCGACGGCAUCCAUAUCGGCCCGGACGAUGACCUCGUCCGACCCCACGGCGUCAUCCUUCGACCCCUCCCGCCCCUACGCACUGCGGAAUGGCCGCACCUACCUCUCGGACCAGACGCUAGCCUACCCGCUGCCCGUCGACCUCCAGGAGAUCCACCGCCAGUCGCUGCGCACGCUGUUGCUGAUCCAGGUCUUUGGCUCGCCCAUCUGCUCCGACUCGUUCGCCAACUCGCCGCCCAGCCGCGUGCUCGAGGUCGCCUGCGGCUCCGGCUUCUGGAGCCAGUCGUGCCACCGCCACUUUGCCCAACGGGGCCACACGGACAUCGAGUUCACCGGCCUCGACAUCGCGCCCAUGGCCGCCAACGCCGGCGACGUGUCGCGCGACAUGAAGUGGCGCUUCGUCCAGCACGACAUGCGCAACUUCCCCUGGCCCUUUGCCGACGGCGAGUUCGACCUGGUCAUGGUCAAGGACCUGAGCCUCGUCGUCACGUCGCCGCACUCGCUGCAGGCCGCCAUCGAGGAGUACCACCGCGUGCUGCGGCCCGGCGGCACCGUCGAGUUCUGGGACAGCGACCACCAGAUCCGCAUGCUGCGGCCUCACGCCGCGCCGCAGUCGGACGAGACGGAGGACGCCGCCACCGUCGCCUCGCUCGGCGCCUACCCCAUCUCGGGCAAGACGCCGCUCAGCGCGCCCCUCAACAACUUCCUCGUCGAGUACAACAGCUGGGUGCACCGCGCCCUUGAGGCCCGCAACCUCAGCCCCGUGCCCUGCACCCUCAUCGGCCCCAUGCUGAUCCAGGAGUCGGAGGAGCUGACGGACAUACACAGCAAACGCCUGGCGAUCCCGCUAUCGGAAGUCCGCUGGGAGCGCGAGGGCGUCGGCGGCGUCGUCACCAAGGACGGCAAGUCCUUCAUCAACUCGGGCAAGGGCAAGGGCAAAGGCAAGGAUAAGGACAAAGAAAAAGACAAGGACAAGGACAAGGACAAGCCCGACGAGCAGAAGAAGACGUUGACCGAGGCCCAGACGGCGCUCCGGCGAACGGCCCUGAUGACGGUCGUGCAGCAGAUCCAGAGCCUCGAGCCCAUCCUGCGCGACGUCAGUGGCAAGAGCCAGGACGAGUGGGACGGUUGGCUGGGCAAGAUGAUGAACGACCUCAUGAGGGAGAACGGCACGAGCUGGGGCGAGUGCCUCGAGGUGGGCGCCUGGUGGGCACGCAAGAAGGAGCGGUGAU